AUGGCGACCCCAACGGCAGCCUUCCAGAUCCUGGCAGAGGAAUAUUUAGGCUACAACGUACGCCUGGAGGUCGCCAACUCGUUGCUGGCGCAGGAUUCCCUCUAUGCCGUGGCCGGCUGUGAGAACCCCACGAAUGCACUCAAUCGAGGAUGCCACGGCCAGGAGACGAGGAUGCAUGUGGCGGUCGGGGUCUACCUCGACGAGGAGGUAGCUCCGCACUUCGACAGAGUGCAGCGCUUCAAGAUGGGUGGCGUGCUCGACGACUUAUCUUCGUUACGAUUCUUCUCACAGUCGGGGCUCUACGUCAACGGGGCCUCGCUGGAAAGGGCAGCGGUGGAGAGAGUUUUUCUCGACGACUAUAGGAACUACGAUGUCAACUAUCGGAACCCGAAAGAAUGGUUUUCGAGCCUGGAGACCAUUCACAAGUCUCUUUUGGUCGCUUGCACCACUUGGAGGGGCGCCUUUCCGGACAUUGGGCGGUAUCUAUACUUUACGGCCGACUUUGAUGGGGUGAACAUAUCUGGAACAGAAGCCGUGCCCAAGUGUCCGGAUGGCUACUGGUGGCUGUCCCCAGCCUGCAGGCACAACUCCUCUGAAUGUAUUCCGACUCUGGCGGGGAGUGCUCAGGGGUACGUUUACGGUGUGGAGGAGCUGAUGUCCAAGGCCAUCGCGUUUUCCAUGCCCAUGGCCUUAGGGGCCACCGACGCAGGACGAAGUUUCGUGAAUCUGGUCUCCCAGCAUGAUGUUCUCUUCUACUUCUGGGAGCCGGAUCUUACGUUGGGUGCCCUUGGACAUCAGUUGAUCUCCUUCCCGGAGUUCAAUGAGCAGCGCUGGACCUUGGGCGACAAGGGGACGAUGGCGCAGCCUUUGGAUCACCGGAAGAUUGCCAACCAGAACUUGGACCUCCUGGCGCCGGAUGCGCGGGGCCUGCUGAUGAACAUGGAGCUCGACUUGCCUGAAGUCCUGGACAUGAUGCGAAAGAGCACGAGCGCGCUCCAACAAAUCCUAACCGCCUUGCCGGUGUCCUCGGCCGAUGAGCUGAAGAACGAGGAGUGGUGGGGUGCCUGCUGGCAGGGAGCAUGCGAGUGGCUCCAACAAAACAGGGAGACAUGGCAGGGCUGGAUGCCAGAGCAGUCCAACUGCUAUGCCGGCCAGGGCAUGCAGGAGGCUGGGCUCUGGCUAACGACCCGGUCGCUAAACGCGACCUGCAGCUCGUGCCCUGCCGGGCGCUACUCCGUGCUCCUGGAGGAUGCAUUUGGCGCCACGGCGGUGUGCCGCGCCUCGGCGCAGAACGGAGGGAGUGCGAGUGCGCUAACGGGGGAGCAGGCCAUGUCUGUGAGCUGCGAUGUCUGCUUGCCUGGCACCAAAGCGGAUCAGUGGGGCGCGACGCAGUGUGAAUGGUGCCCGCAAGGCCAGUACCAGCGGGAGAACGGCGCCACAGAGUGCAGAAGCUGUGAGGAAAGCAAGACCACGAUAGCCUUGGCUUCAACCAGUGAGUGGGAUUGUGUUUGCAAGCCGGGCAGGUAUCUGUGGAACCAGACGGAGUGCAUGCCCUGCCCCGAGGGCAUGUAUUGUCCGGGCGACAGCUUUCCCGCGUUCCAGCUGGCGGGUUAUUAUGUGGAGCAUUCUUACAUCGAGGGACUCAGUUCCUAUUCGGUGUUCUCUUGCCGCGACGCCUCGCGAUGUCCAGCGGGUGAGCCUGGACAGUGUAAUGUUGGGCGCACCGGGCGCGCCUGUGCCGAUUGCUUUCGUGGCUAUGCCUCCGAUGUGGACGGCUCUUGCAAGCCCUGCGAUGCUUUGUCUAUGUGGCCCUUCCUCCUGCUUCCGAUUGUGAUGCUGGGCCUGCUGCCGCUGCUAGUGGCAGCCAGCAUUCUAAUGAGCCGAGCGCGGAGGGUGGCCGUCAGCAUCUUUAUCGUCUGUGUGAUCUUCGGGCAGCUGGUGGUGUGCUUGCAGUCCCUCGAGGCCAUCUAUCAAUUCGAGAUCACCUGGAUCGACCCUGCGAGGGCCGUUUUGUCCUCGCUGGCCAUCUUCAGUUUGGACAUCGAGUUCUCCUGCAUCUUGGAUCCGCAGAGCCACGUCGUGGAGUACGGCUCUCAGCUCUUGGCCUACCCGGCGGUGCUGCUCGGGACCGCCGGCUUCUGGCUACUCGCCAGGUGGCUGAAACGGCCGAUCAGCUUCAACUCCUUCCUGAACCUACACGGCGUGCUGCUGGUGGCACUGCUGACGGCCAUGUCCCUCACCGCGAUGCGGCCCUUCCAGUGCCGGCCAAACCCUAACGGCCUGCACACCCUGUCCACGCGCACGGACGUCAUCUGCUGGAGCCCGGAGCAUCGGCCUUUGGUGGUUCUGGCCUCUUUGGGCAUCCUCGCCUACCCUGUGGCCAUACUUUCCACCAUCGCCUUCCUGACGUGGAAGUAUCCCACUUGGCUUCGGUCUGGUGGAGGCCUGGAGGUGCUGGAGAAGUACAAGUUCCUCUUCGGCCGCUUCCGACCCGAGCGCUACUACUACGCUUUGCUGCUUUCCACGCACAACAUGGUCGUGGCCUUGAUCCCCGCAGCUUUGGUGUCCGCGCCCGCCCUGCAGGUGGGCAUCAUGGGCGCUGUGAUCUGCACGAAGCUAACGGCACAGAGCCUGCUGUGGCCCUGGCGCAGCGUGGCCAACUACAACGACCUGGUCCUCUCCACCGCCCUUCUGAUCCUGUUGCUCCUCGCAUCUCCACUGCUGCGCCUGAACCAGACGGACACCAGCUUCCUCGUGGCGGUGCUGCUCGCCUGCGUACUCUGCGUCUUGCCUUUGGCGGCGCUCUCCUCAGCCUGCCUGGCUGUCUCCGUGCGCCUGCGGUCCCAGAGCAAGUACGAUGCCUUCCUGUGCCACCACAAGGCGGGUGCCGGGGCCCUGUGCCGCUUCUUCAAGCUCAUCGUACACAAGUACGGCCGCAUGAACAUCUUCCUGGACUCCGACGAGCUCGACGACCUCGCCCGCAUCUUCGAGAUCGUCAGCUCCGACACGCGGUGCCUCGUGGCCGUGCUCACGCCCGAGCUACUGCAGCGCAUGUGGUGUGCAGGGGAGAUGACGAGUGCCCGAAAGUACGGCAUCCCCAUCAUCCCGCUCUACUGCGACGGCUUCGCCUUCCCGGACGACGACUGCAUCAACAAGAUCGAGUCCGUGUGGACCGAGGAGCAGCACUACACCUUGACGAGCCACGGCAUCGCCAUGGAGGAUAUCAAGGCCACCUACCGGCACAUCAGCACGCUAGAGGGCUAUGCUCUGAGCCGGCACAGCAGCCUGGAGGAGCAGGAGCGCCUGGUGCUGGACGUGGCCGCUGCCGUGCUGCGAGGCGCUCGGCGGGUGGAGGUGGCGGCGCAGGGCUCCGUGAGCAGCGCGCGCAUCCUGCUCUGCUCCACCGAGCGGGAUCCCGAGGCCAUCUCCACCGUGCUGAUCCUGCAGCAGAUGGUGCAGCAGCAGCUCCGCAUCGCCACCUUCCGCGUUCGGAGUUUGAAGGACAUCGCGGCGGCCAGCAGCGCCUCCUUCGCGCUGGUCUUGUUGAGCAAGGGGGUCCUCGAGGACCCUGACUUCGCGCUCCAGAUCGGGCAGAUGCGUGCCACGGCGGCAAGCAGUUUUAAGAAAAGAAAGGUCUGGUAUGACAUGGCCCGGAUCCUUCCCGCCUCCCGCGUGUCAGGAGCUCAGGCGUUGAGCUUUGUGCCCGUGAACGACGGCACCUUCCAGUUCCCGCCGUCAGACUUCUACAUGCAGGUGGAGGAGGUCGGCUUGGCCGGGCUCGGGCCAAAUGCCGGGCGCAGCUUGGUGAAGGCCUACCAGGCCAGCCCAUAU